CUGAAAUGGAUAUCAGCUGUACUGACUCAGCUUCAUACUCUUGUCCAAUCCAACAGCAAGAUCCGGGUGGUCACAGUUUUAGGGGUCUAAAGCACAGGGAAGUCCACUCUCCUCAACACCAUGUUUGGGGUCCAGUUUGCAGUCAGCAGUGGAAGAUGCACCAGAGGGGCCUUCAUGCUACUGAUUAAAGUCAACAAAGACCUCAAGGAGGAGCUGAAAUGUGACUUCAUCAUGGUCAUUGACACAGAGGGGUUGAAAUCACCAGAGUUGGCUCAACUAGAUGAUAGCUAUGAACAUGACAAUGAACUGGCAACACUGGUGAUUGGACUCAGUGACGUCACUAUCAUCAACAUCGCCAUGGAGAACUCCACAGAGAUGAAAGACAUUCUGCAGAUUGUUGUUCAUGCUUUCAUCAGGAUGAAGAAAGUGGGGAAGAAGCCAGUAUGUCAUUUUGUGCACCAGAAUGUGCCUGACAUGUCUGCUCAUGACAACAACAUGAGAGAGAGGAAGAAGUUGUUGGAACAGUUGAAUGAAAUGACCCAGGCAGCAGCCAAAAUGGAGAAUAAAGAGGAAAUCACAAAGUUCACUGACAUGAUGGAGUAUGAUCCAGACACAAGCAGCUGGUACAUCCCAGGGCUCUGGAAUGGGACUCCCCCUAUGGCUCCAGUAAAUGCUGGCUACAGUGAGGCUGUGUAUGACUUCAAAAAGAGCUUGAUGAAAGAUUUUAUAAAAUGCAAAAAAAAUGGUGAUUUGACUCUUUUCAUGAAGUGGACACAAAACUUGUGGGAGUCUGUUAAAUUUGAGAACUUCAUCUUCAGUUUCAGAAACAGCUUGGUUGCGGAUGCAUACUCCAGAUUAUGCUCUGAGUACAAUGGUUGGGAAUGGAUCUUCCAGAAGGAGAUGUACAACUGGAUGAUUGCUGCUGAAACCAAAAUUUCAAAUUUUGGCAUGACAGUUCUUAAUCCCCAGAUCACCAUAAGUUAUAUGCUUAAUAACCUGAUGGGAGAAGCAUCGGAGAAGCUGUCAGUGGGGGAAAAGGAAAUCCAAAACAAUCUAAUUACAUACUUUAAAAAGCAAGAUGGCCAUGUCAAUCUGGUGGAAAAAUACAAGGAAGACUUUGUGGCCAGUGCCAAAACACUGAAACGAGAGACAGAAAACACAGUGAGUAACACUCUACAUGGAGCUGUUGAAAUCAAAGAGGGAAUGGCCAAACUGGAUGACAUCAAGAGUUCACAAGCAAAAACACUAGAAAAAAAAGUGCUGGCUUUGCUGAAAACCUGUAGACAGAACAAAUCUGUUCUAUCUGAUGAGGCACUCAAAGAAGAGUUUGAAAGUAUGUGGAAGGAAACUCUGUCUGAGAUCAAAUUCAGAGGACUCACAGGAAGAGAUGUUGCUCAGGAUGCCUUCAGCAUUUUACAUGACCAUUUAUCUACGAGGUCGGGUUAUGUCAAUAGUAUGUUGGUUGGAAACAGCUUGGUUGAUUAUGGGGAGAUACCAUUUGUUGUAGAGUCAGGGGAUUGGUGGACUAAAGGCGUUGUGAUGCACUGGAAUAGAGCCCAUAGCAGGAUGAAACUGCAAGAGUUGUGUGAUUACAUCAUAACGCAGUGUCAGGACUUUAUAACCCAGAAGGUGGGAAGCAAAACAGAUUACCAUGCCACUUACGUCAAAGAGCUGCUUGAAAUAAUUGAUGAAACAUCGCAACAAAACAACAAACGUAAAGUUAGUGAGGUUAAGCUGAAGUUGCACAUCUGUGGCAGAGCAGCAAGAACAUUUCAAAAGAAACAUGAUGAUUUCAUUUCAGUCAACGACCCCCGAAAAUGUCUGGAACAGUCUAAGGACAAGUACCUUACUGACUUCAUAGACUUGUUUCAUAACCGAGAUCAGUGCCAAAGGAAAGCUGAGGAGUUCACAAAGCUCUUACAGCCAGCUGUACAGGAAUAUGUGUCCAAAAUGAUUGGUCCUGAUGUGGUUGAUGAAGUGAAGACCGGUAAAGGGUGACAGGAUUACAGCACACGGACGUUCUUCCAGUUCUCCAUUUUGAAACAACUCCUGACUGAUGGAGAAUAUGAGAAAUAUGAAGGGUACAUGAACCAUUAUGAAAAGUUUGAAGGACUGGCUGUUAGACCGAAUUGUCCAACAACUCUCAAAGGACUGCAGGCUGGAGAAAUUGGAGAAGAAACAUCUUUCAGAAAUAGUCAAGAUAAUCACUAAGGCCAUUUCAAACAUCAGAAAUACAACUAGCACUGUAAAAGAUAUCAAGACAUUCAUUCAGAGCAUGUGCUAUGCCCUCGGAGAGAAGCUUGUCUUCCCCAAGGAUGGUCUGGAUUCCAUCAUGACUCUGAACUACUCUGAAAAGACGGAAGAGUUUGCUGACUACCUAACAGAUUAUGUGAGCGAAAUGGAGCAGUCACUGGCAGCUGAGUACGAUAAGGGAGGAGACAUUGAAAAGAGACUCAGAUCUCUGCCAUUCAAGCCUCAGGACAAGAUGUUCACCAGUCUGUUUGGCUGUGGUGAGGUAUGUCCUUUCUGCCAUGCAUCCUGUGAAGCAGGAGGUAAGGAGCAUACCAAACACUUCACCUCCAUUCACCGUUCAAAAGGCCUUAGCGCUUGGAGGUGCAGAGAGACAAAGGUGCUAACUAUUGACAUAUGUUCAUCUCUUGUGAUAAGUGGCCGUUCAUUUUACAUAUCCUCAACAGCAAAAGAACCUUAUCCCUACAAGGACUACCAGAAAUAUUACCCUGACUGGAACAUAGAUGGAGAUUCCAGUAUGGAGGCUUCAGACUACUGGAAGUAUGUGAUGGCCACAUUCAAUGAGAGAAUUGCUAAAGACACAGAUGCACUCCCUGCAGAUAUCCCAGAGGACUGGAAGGCAUUAACACCUGAGGAUGCAUUGAAGAGCUUGAAAAAGUCAUUCAACAUUGAAGAUUAGUAUAAAACUAGCAAUAACAACUCUAGUUGUCCACAUCCAACCAUUCAAAGAUGUCAGACAUGACAACCAGAAAUAACUCAUGACAUGGCUAUAUCACAGAAAUCAAUAUAUGUGAAAUAAUGUACAGAUCUGGCAAUACCCAAUUCAAUUUCAAAAGGAGAAACUAUGGCACGACAAGUUAUUUCAGAUACAUUGAUAAAUUAUAUGAACUUGGCAAUUUACAGAUCUGAUGUUCCAUAAUGAAAUGGCUAACACUGAGUUUUAUGGUAAAGGAAUACAAUAUAAUCAAGAAAUACAAAAAUAUAUAUGUCGAUGUAAGUAAAGCAUUUUAAGUUAAUUCAGAAAUCAUAGAAAAGUCAACGUGAACACCAACAGGUUAACCAACAGAUGGAGUGUUUUACUGAUAAUGCCCAUAAAUAAACACAAUACACAGGUAACUAAGGAUAUAGUCUAGAUAAACACAGUACACAGGUAACUAAGGAGCUAGUCUAGAUAAACACAAUACACAGGUAACUAAGGAUCUAGUCUAGAUAAACACAGUACACAGGUAACUAAGGAUCUAGUCUAGAUAAACACAAUACACAGGUAACUAAGGAUCUAGUCAAGAUAAACACAAUACACAGGUAACUAAGGAUCUAGUCUAGAUAAACACAAUACACAGGUAACUAAGGAGCUAGUGUAACCGAUGUGAAACGCUAUUAGCGCGCACCACGCUAACUAGCUAGCCAUUUCACAUCGGUUACUCUAGUCUAGAUAAACACAAUACACAGGUAAAUAAGGAGCUAGUCUGGCAUUGAUUAUUUAUUUUCAAUUAUAAUAAUUAUUUUCUCAUUUACUUUGCCAUCUAACCUAUAUGGCUUGAUCACAGAUGAAUGAUUAGAAGGGCUGCAUGGUUCAGUGGUAAACAGUUGAUCACAGAUUAAUGAUUAGAAGGGCUGUAUGGUUCAGUGGUAAACAGUUGAUCACAGAUUAAUGAUUAGAAGGGCUGCAUGGUUCAGUGGUAUACAGUUGAUCACAGAUUAAUGAUUAGAAGGGCUGUAUGGUUCAGUGGUAAACAGUUGAUCACAGAUUAAUGAUUAGAAGGGCUGUAUGGUUCAGUGGUAAACAGUUGGCUUUUGUUUCUGUUAUUUUACGUUUUAAAUGUUCAUCUUAUUGUAAUUUUUUUGGUUGAGAAUAUGCACGUGUUGUUUCAUAUACAGGUAUUACACAUGUAUUGGUCUUUUAAAUAAUUUACUUCAAGAAUGAUUACUAAGUAGACUUAAAAUAAAAUUGUUUUUAGUUGAUUGCUCCUUCUAAUAGUGAUUUGUUCAAUGACUUCAUUGCUUUGAACACAUUAGUUUGUAUAAAGUAUACUUCAUAAUCAGUUACCAUCAGUAUGUAACUUCAUUAAUACUCUUCAGGUAUGCUUGAUGUAUACAGUAUGUUCUGAAGUACUGCUUAGUGACCAUCAGUAAUGUAACUUCAUUAAUACUCUUCAGGUAUGCUUGAGUGUAUACAGUAUGUUCUGCAGUACUGCUUAGUGACCAUCAGUAAUGUAACUUCAUUAAUACUCUUCAGGUAUGCUUGAUGUAUACAGUAUGUUCUGAAGUACUGCUUAGUGACCAUCAGUAAUGUAACUUCAUUAAUAUUCUUCAGGUAUACUUGAUGUAUACAGUAUGUUCUGAAGUAAUGCUUAGUGACCAUCAGUAAUGUAACUUCAUUAAUACUCUUCAGGUAUGCUUGAUGUAUACAGUAUGUUCUGAAGUACUGCACUCUGUUGUUUUGGAUGCUAAUGAUUAUGAUGGUAUUGAUGAUGGUGAUGAGUGUUUUUGUUGAUAAUGGUGAUUAUAAAUGUAGCUGUUGAUGAAGGUUA